AUGAAAUGCCAUUUGAAGUGUGAUGAAGACCAACCCAAAUGCCAAAAGUGUGUAGCAUUUGGAGUGAUUUGCAAUUACAGUCUGCCCCUGGUGCAAGAUCUCCAGCUGGCAUCGCAGAAUAAGCCUAGCAGGGCUAGUCCAGAAGGUUACUUCGGCCAAGUCGCUUUCAACGCAAAACCGCAGCCGGCCUUCCUGUACCCGGUAGUGACCGUCGGCGCCGGUCAUGGCUCCUUUGAGCUGGGCGCAGAAAGCAUUAGUCUCCUAGACCGGUUCCACCGGCGCACCGUGUACACGUUUGGAGGCACUCGAAAUUGCGAGAUCUAUCAGGAACAGGUGACUAGCCUUGCAAUCGAGGUAGGACGUCGACAUGCCAUAUUUCUUGAACAGUUGAUUUCCCCGAUGAUCCAUGCUGAUUCUGCCAUGCAGAACCCGUUCCUCAUGCAUGUCAUCCUAACUUUGACAGCGAGUCAUGAUCGCUUCUUAUCCUCGCCUGUAGACAACACAAAGCGAUCAAUUGCCGAGGCGUACCACUGGUCGAGGGGGGUUGCACUGCUUAAUCAGAAACUAUCAGACCCAAUUCGACCCCAGGAUCGCGAUCCCCUCUGGGCUGCUGCUGCCAUGCUUGGCAUCUUGAGCAUCACGGACAUUGAAGCGUCGACACCCUGGGAGGCUUGGCCCCUCAGGCCCCUGGGCCCAUCGGAUUUAGUUUGGAUGAAUUUGUCUCAUGGAAAAGAAGCCGUCUGGAAAGCAACGGAGCCAAUGCGACCGGACGGUAUCUUCUAUCCCAUGAGAGAGGACUACCUUAUCCUGAUGACCAAGCCACCACUUUGUGACAUGCACGUUAUGCCGAAAGAGUUUGUCGAGCUAUGUCAGUUCACCAAGUCAUCAGAGCCUGAGCAGAACCCUUAUUUCACUGCUGUUUCUCUCUUAACCCGGCUGUGGCAUGUGAAAUGUACUCAAACAACGAUGACAAGAUACAUGCAAUUUCUAGGCUUCAUGGAUCCAGCCUUCAAGUCGUUGCUACACGACAAAGACCCCCGCGCGCUUCUGAUCCUGGCUUGUUGGUAUGGACCAAUGUGUCAGUCUCUGUGGUGGAUGGCAAGGCGGGCUCGACUGGAAUGCCAAGCCAUCUGUUUGUACUUGGAGGUGUUUCAUGCCGACGAGAAGGAUAUUCAGGUGAUGCUGGCACAACCUAAAGGGCAGUGUGAGUUAAGUACAUAA